AUCAAGCACCUAGGCAUGCAGACUGCUUCUACAAACAUUUGUGAAAGAAUGGGUCUCUCUCAGGAGCUCAGUGAAUUCAAGCGUGGUACCGUGGUAGGUUGCCACCUGUGCAAUAAGUCCAUCCAUGAAAUUUCCUUGUUACUAAAUAUUCCACGGUCAACUGUUAGUGGUGGUAUAACAAAGUGGGAGCAACAGCAACUCAGCCAUGUAAAAUAACGAGCGGGGUCAGUGCAUGCUUAAAGCAGAGUUCCACUCACACUGUAAAAAUACAGUGUGCAGGAGUCGCUAACUGUCUGCAGAGUCAGCUAAAGACCUCUAAACUUCAUGUGGCCUUCAGAUUAGCACAACAACAGUGCGUAGAGAGCUUCAUGGAAUGGGUUUCCAUGGCUGA